CUUUCUAUCCACAACAUGAAGAGCUGUGGUGCGUGUGCUGGCGGAUUGUAAGGAGCACAUAAGUAGUCCGAUUCCUCCUCUUGCCAGCAUUACAGAACUUUCCCACCAUCAGCAGCACUACCCAUCCGCCUUCCAAAACAAUUGUCCCCUACCAAGAUGUCGUCCACCACCCAACUCAACUUCAACAUCGCGACCCCAUCCGACGCCGCCCAAAUCGCCCAACUAGUCCAGUCCGCCUUCCGCCACCAAGACAUCGCCUGGACCGGUCCCGACACCGAGCUCAACCGCACCUUCACCAUGACCCCAGAACAGGUCCUCACAACCAUCAACAAUCCCAACGCCGUAUUCCUCAUGGCCACUACCGACGACGGCAACCUUGUGGGCUGUAUGGCCACCUUCAAGAAAACCGAGGAACUCGCUCGUCUGGCCAUGCUCGCCGUGAACCCGACGCUCCAGGCGGGCGGUGUAGGAGGGCGCAUCCUUUCGCAUACGGAGGAAUAUGCGAUCAAGACCUGGGGUGUGAAGAAGCUGGGGCUGAACGCGCUUCAUACGAGGGAGUUGUUGCUGAAGUGGUAUGAGAAGAGGGGGUAUGUGAGGACGGGAGAAACGUCACCAUUUCCGGUUCAGGCGUUGAGGGGGUUGGGGAUUGAGAAGGAUUUGUAUUUUGUGGAGAUGGAGAAGGUGAUGGGUGCGGACGCUUAACGUCCGCCGUUGGAUGUUUGUGACGAGGGUAGUGGGAGAGGACCAGAAAAGCGUUGAGUUUUGUGGCGUUAUAGAUAAGACUGAAAA